AUGAUGAUGAUGAUGAAAAGAAGCCACUUGUGCGGGGCAUCCUCGGUGCCAGUCGCCCCUGGCGACGGUUGCCAGGUUACAGGUAAACAACAGUUCGCCCCCGAGCGGAGGGACCAGAGCAGAGCAGAGCGGCGCCUGCAGCACAGCCUUAAUGAUACACAUUAUAGUUCUCAGCCUUUCAUUAGCUUUCUCACUGAAACUAAAAAGGUGGCGAACUUUCAGCAAGUCGGCUUGUCCGUUGAGCUACAGAUUGUGAUCGGGCAGCAAGUCCAGCUUCCGCUAACCCUAGUCCUUCAGACCAGACCUCGCAUAGAUGGAGGUCAUGAAGGAUUCAAACCCAGGCUUGGCUUGCACUCCGGAUCUGGCUAUGUGCCAAACCAUCGACCUACUUUGUUCUACACAUCGAAGUUAGACAGGCAUGACAACCCGGUGCUUGGGGUGCUUUUGAAAGAUAACUAUGUCUCGGUCACCAAGAAGCAUUUCACACCAUAUAAGCUCCCAAGUGGCAGAGAAGACUUUCCUUACAAAAUACACCCUAAAGGGAGUGGAUUCAUGCGAGAGAAGCCACUUAACAUUCCAGUACAGAGAGAUAUGAAAGAGGUCCACGUUGACACAAAAAAACAUGGGCCAGUGUCCCUGGUAGGAAUUGAACCCAAGUACUCGCCUUUGCUGCAUAAAAUACAACCAAAGGAUGUAGUGCAACAGGAAAACUCAGGUCAUGGACCAAAAUUCAUGUCCACCGAAUACAAGAGUAAAUACAAGCCGAAAGCAUUGGAGAUACCAGCUUUGACUCAGCAUCGGAGAGUGGGACUUAAGGAGAACAGUGGGUUCACAGAAGGUUUAGGAAUGGAACCAAUCACAUACCACCCACCCCCGACUUACAAAGGGGACGUCCCGGGAUACUGUACAGACCGACCAACUGGAGUCAGCAUUACCUCAACAGACUUCUUACCAUCAGGAACGCUGCACGGUGACGAAUUUCUGCCUAUAAUUGCAAACAGAUUUGACAACAACACAGGCUUCACUCGGGAAGUGGGAAUGUCAUUGGACACGGCCAUGCCACCAGGGCUGGAAAAGGUCCCCACCAACAUGGUCGAGAAACUAAAGAAGGAAGAUCCUGUCGAAUAUCUCAACAGAACCCAUCAGGACGGGCCCAGCAGCAUUAACACCCUUGUCCACUCAAAGCCAGAGAAGGAGCUACUGAAGACCGAGCUCCUGGGCCGAGUCACUGCAGGAAAUAAGCAACCUACUGGAUCGACCUCCAAUGAGAAAGGUUACAUCCCACUGAAGAAGCAUCCCGACAGGUUUAUGACAAACUACAAGAUUGGAUACUAUGACAAAACUCUGAAAGGAUUGGACAGAGAGGGCUGUACAUGGGGAGGCAUCCAGAAGGCAGCCAGAGAUGGCUUCACCCUCAACACCAACAUCCACAAACUGGGUACCGACUACAAUGUCACAGAGAGCCUACGGCGCAUUCACCCACACGUAGCCAGAACGCUAAAGGCUAAGGACCAAUUUUAUGAUGAUCACACAUACGACCACAAGCAACGGGUGCCUGGAUUGACCACAUGAGGGUCAGUCACACUCUCCAUAGACAGUGGAGAGGGAGAACCCUCCUCUGGAUACAGCAGCCUGAACGCAAGACCAUGACGCCGUCUGGAUUAUGUUAAUCUCCAAAGUCUUUACAGAGAUAAUGGCCACCAUAUCACCGAGUUUGGCUACCAAACAUUUGGGUCUGAUAGCUCGUUGGCCAAUUAGCACAGAAUUGAUGUACUCCCUUCCCCAGCAAUAAAACAGAGAA